AAUUUCUUCUCCAUCACCCACAUGUUGUUCUUCCAAAACUCCCUUUUAUAAGCUCUCUCUCUCUCUCUCAAUGGAUUCUCAUCUGUUCAUGAAAAUCUUCCAUUUACUGAUCUUCAUCUCCGCUCUCUGCCUACAAGCUAGGGCGGAUUCGAUCAUCUUCCUCGACAGCUCCAGGCAUCCAUACCUCCGAUCUCGUUCAUCAGAUAUCGUCGAUGAGUCUGAUUUGAUAUCACUAUCUGAAGUUGCUGCUGCUGUAUCAGUCUUGCUCGGUUUUGCUCCACCUGCUUCUCUUCCGGCUGAGUCUUCAAGAAAGUUGGAUGAGGUUCUCUUGCCCAAUCCAUUUGAUAGGCCACGUGCUGUUUUCAUGCUGGAAAUUGGAGGAAUCAAAGAUCCAUUGUCGUUGCUUGACCAAUCAAAUUUCCGAGUUGGCAGUGCCUUUAGUGGGAAGGUUCUUAUUGAUUCAAGUAAAGCUGAAAUUGAAAUUUCAGAUGAAGAUGAGCUUUCUAUAAUUUCACUAGACGACCGUGUAGGGGUUGAAAGUGAUGUUGCUUUCUUUGAUACAGAACUCCAUGAUCUUGCAAAUUGGUUAGGCGGAUCGUAUAUUGGUUCCCCGGAAGCAAUGGAUGGGGAGUUGGCUUUCCCUUUGGCCAGUGGGAUGUCUUUGAACCUGAAUUUGUCAAAGAAAGCAGAUUGGGAAUUUGCAACAGAUCUUUUGUCUUUGAUCGAUAGUAUUAAAAGGGUCAUUGAAAUCCAUGAAGAUUUUCCCGGAAGCAUGCAGAACUUGGCGGAGCUAAUGAAAGGCCGUUUCACAGGCAUUCAGGCUUUGCAAGAACAAUAUGGUCCAGGCGACCUAGUGGAGCAGGGAAUGGAGCUCUUCCUGACUGCAUUGACCAAGUCUUUUGAUUCACUACAGGCAGCUCUCGAAGGGAAAAUUGUAGGGGUUAUCUUAUUUAAUGAGAAGUCUUCUUCCGACUUGGAUUCAAUGUUGGAUGUUAAAUUUUCAACUCGAACAUCGCGGCGAUUGGAGGAAGUGGAACCCCUCAAUGCAACUACCAUUGCAGAGGUGAAGUUGGUUAGACUGAGUCUAGCUUGGAUAACUGGAGUUAUUCUUCUUGUGUCAACUCUCAUCGGGAUCUACUAUCUACUCAAUAUGCCCCUCACAAGAGACACCCUUCUGUACUCUAAUGUGAAGCUGGAUUGAGCAUGAAAGGAACGAGUCUUCCAACUGCAACAAGCCCAUAGGUAGCAAAUGCCAUUUCAGGGACAUUUGGUUGGCCAUCAUAAAUUGAAUCGAUGUUAUUCCAUUGUUGUAAAUUUGAUUCCAAAUCAUAUGUUUCUGGAUACGAUACUAUGGCUGAGAUAUGUUGCUAUUGAAUUAGUAGCAUGUGCUAGAUGAAAGUUAAUGCAACUGAAUUGCCAGUGAUUGAAGGGUAAUUUUAACAUUUUAUUAUGGGUUUUAUGUUGGCCGUUUGGAAAUUAUUGGGAUAAUAAUGAGCUGAGGAUCCAGUUAUUGCA